CAUCAAUGCAAGGCCCAUGCCCUAUCCUGUGGGAUGUUAGACGUCACCCCUCAUCGGCCACCGUCACCCCAGCCACAGGUGUCAAUCCCGAGCUAAAUCGUGAGUUACCGAUUUGCCUCAUCGAUCGCACCAAAUUUCCCCCAUCAUGUUCCAAAUAUGGUACGAAUCUGAACGUGUGGUACUAUUAACAGAGGCCGUUACACAUCCACCUGUUCGGAGCAUGAUCAUCAUAUCCAAAUACCUGCCCUGGUCGAUCUCCAUCAAGAAGUAUUCGGCGAUUAGGUGCAAAGAUGUCGUUGAGGCCGUGUACAAUACAUUGCAGGAAAAGAUUUCUGCCAGUGAAUUCUGGAUCGCCAGUCCAGAAAAACGCAAGAUCAUGCAGGCUGUUAACGAGAGGGAAACUGAUAACUCCCGUUCGAAACGCAAAUACAUUACGACACGUAUUAAGGGCAGAGAAAUUGAACGCCUCGACACGCCGUUGCGGGUUGACUUUCUCGAUCAGAUGACGCUCUUCAAGGGUCUGUAUCAUGAUCCAAAGAUGAUUUCGGAAAGGCUGGCCCACGAUCCUGAGUCUAUCGAAGAUGCGUGGGUGUUGUCUUUGGGGUUCUCUCCUGAUGAGGAUGCUUGAUGAAUCGUCGGUUUUUGCGAUCUGACGGGACAGGUUUCCCCACUUGUACGAAUCGAUGCAUUGAUUGCUGCACUGGCAACUAGUUGUAAUUCUAUAUACGCGAAGACUUGUAUGCUACAUGGGUCAAGGGAUUAUGUCUAUGAAACAAAGAAAGAAU